AUGAAAGGUUUAAAGAAGACAUUGCUUAGUAGGAAUAAAUCUCAAGACUCGACAUCCUCCAAGCACAAAGAUUCGAAGCCUUCCGCCACUGCGGCAGCAAAUGCUGCCCCGCCUCCGCCUCCGCCCAAUUCAGCCAAGCCAUUGCAUUUGCCGGCUUCGGCCGUCGCCAGUCUCAAUCAUCUCGCACAUAAUAACAGCAAUCACUCUCUUCCGUCUACGAACGGCACCUCUCGCGCCACUCCUGCUCCCACUCCUCCCGCUCCAAACGCUGAUCGUAGAUAUGCUACCCCGCCCAACCCCGCCCCGCCCAUCGUAGUGGUCAGCCCCGAAGUCUCCAGUGAGCAAGCUGAUAGACAGAUGCUAAGCAUGGAUUCCGCUGGCGGCCCUUUGACUCCUCCAAGAGCGAAUACUUUCAAUCGUCUGCGUCCCACAGGACCGAAGGAUACUAUCCCCAUCGUGGGCAAGCCACCACGAAAGCAGAGAAGCAGUCGCUUCGUGGUGAAAGAGAAGGUUGAGAUAGAAAGGUUACCGCCGUUCCUGGAGACACCGCCCAGCGAGAGGUCGCAGCUCUUCAUACAAAAGCUCCACCAAUGCUCUGUGCUCUUCGAUUUCAAUGAUACCAACGCAGAGCUCAAGGGAAAGCAAAUCAAGACUCAAACCCUGCACGAAAUGCUGGAAUACAUCACUACGCAGCGUGGUGUGAUUACCGAGUCUAUAUACCCCGAGGUGGUCAAGAUGUUCGCUACCAACUUAUUCCGUUCUAUACCCCCUCCUGUCAACCCCACGGGCGACGCGUUCGAUCCAGAGGAGGACGAACCGGUGCUCGAGCUUGCUUGGCCUCACCUCAAGAUUGUUUAUGAGUUCUUCCUCCGCUUCGUCGAGAGUCCUGACUUCAAUACCAACCUCGCGAAGAGGUAUAUUGACCAGAAUUUCGUGCUCAAUCUUCUCGAGCUCUUUGACUCGGAAGAUCCUCGGGAGCGGGACUUCCUGAAGACCACGUUGCACCGUAUCUAUGGGAAGUUUCUGAACCUGCGGGCACCCAUCCGUCGGAGCAUUAACAACGUGUUUUUCCACUUCAUCUAUGAGACCGAAAGGCACAAUGGUAUCGCGGAGCUUCUAGAGAUCCUGGGCUCGAUCAUCAACGGGUUUGCGCUGCCCCUGAAGGAGGAGCACAAGACCUUCCUGAUGCGCGUACUGAUCCCGCUACAUAAAGUGAAGAGCUUGUCGAUGUACCAUCCGCAGCUAGCGUACUGCGUGGUGCAGUUCCUAGAGAAGGAUGCAACGCUGGCUGAAGAUGUUGUACUGGGCCUGUUGAAGUACUGGCCAAAGGUCAACUCGCCAAAGGAGGUCAUGUUUCUCAGCGAGAUGGAGGAGGUUCUCGAUGUUAUCGACCCUACCGAGUUCCAGAAGAUCCAGAUCCCACUGUUCCAGCAGCUUGCGAGGUGUAUCAACAGCCAGCACUUCCAGGUCGCCGAACGCGCUCUAAUGUACUGGAAUAACGAGUACAUUGUCAACUUGAUGAGUGACAACCUGGCCGUGAUUCUGCCCAUCGUAUUUCCGGCCUUGUACACGAACUCACGAUCGCAUUGGAACCGAACUAUACAUGCGAUGGUGUACAAUGCAUUGAAGUUGUUCAUGGAGAUCAACCCCGAUCUCUUCGACGAUGCGAUGCAACAGUACAAGCAACGCAAGCUCGACGAACGCCAGCAUGCUGUCGAGCGUUACGACGAGUGGCAAAAGCUGCGUGAGCAGGCACUCAAUAAUUGCGGUGGCAAGGUCCCCGAGGGCUUUGUAGACCAGGAGCCUACGCCACCCCCACCACCGGUCGAGGAUGUGGAUAUCAUGGACCUUGCAAUGGACCUCAGUGCGGUCGCAAUUGAUGCGGAGGGACCACUUGGCGACCUCGACGAGUCGGGCAUUGAGCGAGUACCAAUGGCAGAUCCUGGACUAGAUCGGCCGUUCCCGGAAGUGGGUGAGCAUUCACCCGGCAAUCUGCAUUCACGACGAAAAAGUGCGCUACCGGUCGAUCCUACGGUGUUGCGUGAUCUGCAGGCGCAUCGAAGUCUGGAAGACGCAGUGGCCAUUGGCGGACCGCGCGCUGGAGACGGGUCGUAG